UUUACUUUUUAGUUUAAUAAUAUUUUACCAUUCAAAAUAUUAAACAAUAUUGUUGUAGUUUUAUAAUUUUUUAAUAACUUUUUAUUUAAUACUGGUUUUUGAAUAAAAAACAAAAUAUGUUGUUAUUAAAUAAAAUGAUUGAAAAGUCGAUCUAUUACUCUAUGUGAUUAAUUAUUAUAUUUUCAUCAUGUAUAAAUCAUAUGAAGAUUUGCUAUUCAAAUUACUAGAAAAUAUCAACAGUUUUAGAAGAAAAAAUACAUGAAUCAUGGCUUCUACAAUGAGCCAUACUCAUAUUGUAGUCCUAUGUGCUGUUGCAAACUUUAUAAAUGCUGCUGACCGUGUUAUUAUGCCGAUUGCUAUAAUACCCAUGACAAGUUACUUCAGAUGGUCAAUGCAUUGGCAAGGUUGGAUAUUAUCAGCAUUUGCAUUUGGCUACCUUACAAGUCAGAUUGUAGGAGCAUGUGCUGCAAAAAAAUAUGGAGGAAAAUCUAUAUUAUUGUUAUCUGUUUUAUUAUGGUCAAUAUCAACUAUUAUAACACCAAAAAUAGCUCAUAACAUAUUUGCUUUAAUAUUAUGUCGAAUAAUGUCUGGAUUGGGAGAAGGACUAGGCUUACCAACAAUAUUUCAUAUAUUUGGUAACAAUAUUGCUGUGAAUAAGCGGUCUAGUGCUUUCGGAUACUUAGUAGCUGCUGGUUCAGUUGGUCAAACUAUAGCAUCUAUGAUAUGCCCUCAUUUGGUAUGGCAGACUAAUUUUUAUCUAUUCGGUUCAAUUGGAAUUGUUUGGUCAGUUAUUUGGGUUUCAUUAUAUUCAGAGAAAGAAAUAAGGACAGAAGAGCUACCGUUAAUAAUAAAUACCUCAUAUUAUAAUGCAAGUGUAAAUAUGAAAUUAAAAAAUUUUUUUGUUCAUUGGCCUUUAUGGGCAAUAUAUAUUGCUCAUUUUUCAAUGAACUGGUCAAAUUACAUAAUAAUGCAUUGGCUUCCUACAUAUUUAUAUUAUUUGGGAGCUAAUCCAAUCAGUAUGAGUUUAACGGCUAUUCCAUACAUCUUUAAUUCUGCGUUUGGUGUUGUUGCAGGAAACUAUGCUGACAAAUUAAUUGACCGUAGAUGGUCGAUUUUAGCUGUCAGAAGGAUAAUGACAACCAUAGGGCUAAUGGGGCCAGCUGUAUUUUUGUUACUAUUUUGUACAAUGAACAAUGUAGUAGCAGCAAUAAUAUUUAUAUCAUUAUCAAUGGGUUUAUGUGCUUGUAAUUCAGCUGGACAUUUAAGUAAUCAUGCUGAAGUUGCUCCUAAUCAUGCAGGAAUUACAUUUUCUGUAUCCAAUACAUUGGCUACGAUACCAGGAAUUAUAUGUGGUCCUUUGACUGCUGAACUAGUGACUGCCUCUCAUGGACGAUGGUAUCCAGUAUUCAUUUUAGCAGCUGCAAUAAAUUUCACUGGAUCGAUUAUUUAUUGCAGUCAAAGUUCCGUUACACCAAUGUUGUGAUGUAUUGUUAUUAAAAUUGUAAACAAAUCUUAAUAUCAAUAUAGAGUAAUUAUUUUUGUUAAUUCGUUUUAGAGUUACCAAAGAAAUAAAUUAUUUAUUGUUUGUGUAUUUUAUCAAUAUUAUAUAUUUUAUAUUAACUAUCUGUAUCGUCCUACUAUGAAUGUACAUAUAUAAAUAUUUUGGUAAAAUACUAAACCAGUUGAAGAAUUCAUUAUAA